UGUCAAUAGCACAUGUCGUGCAAUAACAAAUGCAAAUUGCAAAAAAUAAUAUUGACUCGAAUUGAAUUUGCUACCAAACUUGUACAUUUAAGGAAUAUCACGUAUUUUUCUAUUUUAUAAAACCUAAAAUUUAAAUAUUUCUUGCAAAGUGAUGUGAACAUAUUAAGUUAACCAUGGCUACACCCGGUAAAAUGAAGAAAAAGAAAAAAGAAGUGGAAUUUACGGCAGAUAAUAUUGACAAUACAGCUCCUGUGAAGAAAAUUCUUGAAGAUUUGCGUAAUAAAAAUAUUCAAGCAUAUAGCUUUUUUAAUUACAACAUAAGGCAAAGGCUUUCAACAAAGAAAACAUUACCAAACUUUCAUUUCAUUGUACCUGGCCAUCCAUUGAAUGCAUUCAGUGAUGAUUGGGAUGGGCAACUGUUCACAAAUUAUUUUGAACAAUUUCCAUACAAGAGUACAAAACCUAAAAUUCUCACCAUGUUAAACCAUUCAAAUAAAACUGAUCCAAUAACAGAAUUGAUAAAAGCUAAAAAUGAAUGGCAGCGGCAAUGGAGAUAUUUAAAAUAUUCAGCAACAUUUAACAACAUGUUAUCAAAAUACGAGGUACUAAAUGAUGAUGUUGUGCAUUGUCCUAAACACUUAAUAGACAUGGCAAAGCAUUGGGACAGUGAUCCAGAUCCACAUUUCGAUAGUUCAUACAACUGGUACUAUGCAGGACAUGGGAACUUACAACUCAUAAGUAUACAAUGGAAUGAUUACUUGCUACAUAGUGAGUUAAGUAAAUUAUCAUUAUCGGAUUAUAAUAAAAACGAUAGAGCAAUCAGCAACAGCCCUGUAGCAACAUUUGAUUGUGGUGAAGGCAUCAAUAUUCUAGAAACAAUAUGGUCUUCACAGAAUUUGGUCGCUUUACGGACUAAGAAUAAAGUAUUUAUAUUAAGAAUUGUUGCUGACACUGAUGAAAUAAAAUUUGAGGAAAUCAAAACCGUGCAAUCAGAAAUGCCCUACACAGACAUAUCUUUUGAUGGUUACCAUAAAAACAUUCUAUAUGUAACCACUUUGGAUAAUAAACUUACUAUUGUUAACUUGGACAGAAUGAAAGGAAGAAGUGUAAAAUUAGAACCCAAUGUAUCUUUAGAGAACAAUUGGAAUACUGUCCUCAGUUCCGAGAGAGGAUUCUAUAUUCACAUAUCUACAAAAUAUAUAACUGUUUAUGAUAAACGAGCUAAUGGCAUUGUCCACCAAUGGGGAGACCUUAGAGAUGUGACGGAUGAACUUUUAUGCAAUGAUAUCACAUGUGCCUUACCUACUGAGACUCCAUAUUUUUACAUUGGUACAGAUCAUCACCUCUUUGUAAUGGACAUGAGGUAUUCCAAUACACAAAAUCAAAAAGCCAAACCCAUAAACAGAUGGACCCAUGGCAUGCAAUGUCCACCAACAUAUAUAUCCAAAUGCAUGUUCGGUUACAAUAAAGAUUUAGUUUGUCUUAGCAGUCAAUGGUGUGAGGAUAUGUGUGUUGUACCAAAUGAUUACGAUGGUCUAGCUAAAGAAUCUGACAUAAUAAAUGUUACAAUACCAUUCCGCCCUCCCAGUAUAAUAAGUACCUUAAAAGAGGCCCGUCAGAAAUUAUUAUGCCAUGAUUUAUAUAAUCCUAUAGACAUGAGACUUCAUACAGCUAUAACUGGAAGUUUGAUUACGGAAUUUGAUGAAAAGUUUGAUGUGUUAAUGCAAAAUUCUUUAGGUGAUAUUACAUGUCAUACAAUCUUCCCUAACCAUUUUGAAAUAUUUAUGGAAGAUGAUAGUUGUCAACGUCUCGAUGAAUGGAGUAAAUCUUACAAAUUGGACAAAAAAGAUUUUGUCGUGACAUCCAUAGUUGACAUUGCAGAUAUCUGGAAGAAUUUAAAGAAAGUUCCCGAGGGAUACAAGAUUUUGGAUAACAGACGAGAAAUGUCUAAAUGCAAUGAAGAUGAGAUUUUUGAAAUCUUUGAAAACGAAGAUUUGGACGAAGGACUUUUGGAAUUGUGGACGAAUAAACUGGAAGAAACGGUCGAUCAAUCUUCGUUUGCGCUUAAUUUGCAUUUUUCUGACAGUGAUGAAGAUGGCAAAUGAUGUAGUUAAUUUGAAUUGUAUGGAACCUUACAGUAUUAUAAUGAAAAAUAAGACCCUUAGAAAAUGCUUUAUUUAUGUGAACUCAUUUACCUCUAUCUUCAUGUUUUUUAAAGUUAUUUGAAAUGAAAGUCCAAACUAAUUCUUGUUCAUAACCAUAUUUA